CGCAGCACUCUCGGCCGCUCCAUCUCGUUUAGUCCAUCUGAAGAACUCGAGGAACAGGUACGCCGUACCGUCGCGUUCGUCGGGUACUUGUCUGUUGUUCCACCCACCUUAAAACCCCCUAAAUGCGAGUUAGUUAUUUGUGAUUUUCCUUAUGUGAUAACUUGUGCGUGUGUGUUUUGUGAUAUAAUAAGAUCGGUUUCAGUGUUUGGAUUGGAUUACACACCUGAAAGUGGAUUUGUAGCCGUCGAGUCCGUCUACCUGCAGAAUGCCUAAAACCAGUUGACGAUGCCCAUCACCCAUACCAUGGCUGUGUUAUGCUGCAUAGCCAAUCUCCUACUGCUCAUCUCGGCGGCGGCUGAACACGUCCGAGACCUGGAGGUAUCCGAAGGAGUACCAGUGGGCACCAAGAUCGGAUUCAUCGGAGACGGUGCUUCACCGGACAGCGGCCCACCUUACUUGAUAGUACCAGUGGGGGCCGCGGUGGAUAUCGACCUGUCCAUUGACCAAACCACCGGGGAAAUUAAGACGCGCGUGCCUCUAGAUCGGGAGACUAGAGCGAGUUACUCUUUGGUGGCGAUACCGAUGAGCGGGGAUAACGUUAAAGUGGUGGUGAAGAUCCUGGAUGAGAACGAUAACGCCCCGACUUUUCCUAGUGCUUUGGUGAACAUUGAGUUUCCGGAAAACACCCCUAGGGACGUAAAGAGGACUUUGCCCCCAGCGAGGGACUUGGAUUUGGACGUUUAUAACACGCAGAGAUACAACAUCAUUUCAGGGAAUAUUAAUAACACUUUCAGAUUGUCUUCUCAUAGGGAAACGGACGGGGUGCUGUACUUGGAUUUGCAAAUAAACGGGUUCCUUGAUAGGGAAACUUGCGAGUACUAUAGUCUUGUUAUAGAGGCUUUAGAUGGAGGGACUCCACCACUGAGGGGGGAGAUGACUGUCAAUAUCACUAUACAAGACGUAAACGAUAACCCCCCGAUAUUCAAUCAGUCCAGGUACUUUGCUUCUGUGCAAGAAAACUCCACUAUUGGCACCAGUGUAUUACAAGUGCUUGCAACAGAUGCCGACGUAGGCGACAAUGCCCAAAUAGAAUACUCAAUUAACAGGCGUCAAAGUGACAAGGACAUGCUGUUCAUCAUAGACUCCACCACCGGAGUGAUCGCGGUCAAUAAACCCUUGGACUUUGAGCUGAAGGAGUUGCACGAGUUGGUGGUGGUAGCCAAAGAUCACGGGCUACAGCCUCUGGAAGCCACCACCUUCGUAUCGAUCAAAGUAAUCGACGUGAACGACAAUCAGCCGACGAUCAACGUGAUCUUCUUAAGUGAGGACGCGACUCCGAAGAUCAGUGAAAGUGCACAACCGGGUGAAUUCGUCGCGAGGAUCAGCGUCCACGAUCCCGAUUCGAAAACGGAAUAUGCGAACGUGAAUGUGACUUUGAGCGGGGGCGAGGGUCAUUUUGGUCUUAGUACCCGCGACAAUAUCAUUUAUUUGGUUAUCGUGUCGUUACCGUUGGACAGGGAACUACAGCCGAACUAUACGUUAAACGUCAUAGCUACGGACCAAGGUACGCCCCCGCUACACGCCUCUAGGACCAUUAAUCUUUUGGUUACCGAUGUUAACGAUAACGCGCCGGAAUUCGAUCAGGACGUUUACGAGGCCAACGUUAUGGAAGUUUCCGAUCCGGGUACCUCGGUUAUCCAGGUGUACGCUACAGACAAAGAUGAAGGGAACAACAGUGCGAUCACUUACUCUUUAAUGGAACCGUCCAAUAGUAAUAUGAACUGGUUCCAAAUCGAUGCGAGGAGUGGACUUAUAACGACGCGCGCGCAUGUCGAUUGUGAAACGGAACCGUUACCUCAGCUAACGGUGAUAGCGACGGAUAACGGAUUUCCGCCGCUAUCCAGUUCCGCGACAGUGUUAGUGACUAUUCAUGAUGUUAACGAUAACGAGCCGAUUUUUGAUCAGAGUUUUUACAACGUGAGUGUGGCCGAGAACGAGACUGAAGGACGAUGUAUUUUAAAGGUUUCUGCAACAGAUCCGGACUGUGGAGUGAACGCAGUGGUAAACUACACCCUGGGAGACGGUUUCGAGAAACUGCGGGAGUUCAAGGUGCGAUCCGACACCGGGGAGAUCUGCAUCAGCGCCCCCUUGGACUACGAGACUAGGAACGUGUAUGAAUUCCCUGUCAUUGCCACCGAUCGAGGUGGUCUAAGCACAACGGCAAUGGUGAAGAUCCAAGUGACAGACGUCAACGAUAACCGUCCGGUUUUCUACCCGCCGGAGUACAACGUUUCGUUACGAGAUGGCGGCUCUUCCUCCUCCUCCUCCUCCAGUCCUGUCGUAGUUGUGUCAGCUACCGACGCUGACUCUGGAAAGUUCGGAGCGGUGACUUAUCAAGUGGUCGCAGGGAACGAGUUGGGAAUUUUCCGGAUCGACAGGAACAGCGGCGCGAUAUUCGUGAACAGACCGCACCAGUUGAGCACCAGAAGUCACCCCUAUCAUCGGUUGAAUAUCAGUGCAACAGAUGGCGGCAGUUUGAAGUCGUUGAAGGACGCGGAAGUGUUUAUCAGUGUGAUCGAUUCGGCGCAGAAACCGCCGAUUUUCGAUCAGCCCCGUUACGUGUUCGCCGUGUUGGAGAAUGUGAAGAAGGAGUUCGUGGUUGGGCAUGUAAAAGCCACUGUCAAUAAUAAUGGAAAAAGCAACGUAAGGUAUUCGAUCUACUCGGGGGAUCCGGAUGGUCUUUUCAGGAUAGACCCGAUCACGGGGGCGAUCAAAGUCUCUGGAAACCUGGAUCAUGAAACCAGGGCUUCCGUGUUGCUUAACGUGCAGGCUACUAGUGGUAAUCCACCUGUUUAUGGACACACCCAGGUGAACAUCGACAUCAACGACGUAAACGACAACACCCCCGAGUUCGAAUCGCCAACAGUUCGGAUUUCGAUACCGGAAAACACGGAAACGGGCGUGGCCCUAUAUGCCGCGCAUGCGCUAGACAAAGACGGCGGAUCCAACGGUUUGGUGCGCUACAGACUGGCCAAUAGCGGCGCGGACCUGUUUAAGAUCGACCCCAAAGAAGGUCAUCUGACCCUGACCAGACAGUUGGACUACGAAAGUGUCCAACGACACACUUUGAUUAUUACCGCCACCGAUAUGGGCAUUCCGCCCUUAUCGGCCAAUUUGACCGUUUUGGUGGAGGUGCAGGACAUGAACGAUAACGCGCCUGUCUUCGAGAAGAGCCACUAUAGCUUAAGCGUCUUGGAGUCGCUCACCGUUAAUUCACAGAUCACUCAGUUUACUGCAGUAGACGCUGAUACAGGCAACAACGCUCGCAUCACUUAUCGCCUGAUCGCUUCGAAUGCUUCUAGAGACCCUUACGAGCAGGUUUUUGGGAUUUUUCCGAACUCUGGAUGGUUAUACCUCAAGGGGAACCUGGAUAGGGAAGUAAAGGACCAGUACAACCUAGUGGUGGCAGCCAAAGAUAACGGGCUCCCACCCCAAACGGCUACAGCGCAAGUGUCAAUAGAGAUUCUGGAUAUCAACGAUAACGAUCCAGUGUUCUCGGCGGAGGAUUACGCCUUUAAGAUUGAAGAGAACUUGGCCAGAGGUACUCUGGUGGGAAGAGUGAGAGCCAACGAUGCUGAUACCGGCAUUAAUGCUGCUAUAAGAUACAGCUUGAUACCUGGAAACAGCAGUUUUGCCAUUAAUGCAGUCAAUGGCGAAAUCACCACAAAAGACAUCCUGGACAGAGAAUCGAAAGAAACGUAUGACCUGGUGGCGGAAGCAAGAGAUCAAGGUCACCCCUCCAGAAGCACCAGAGUCUCCGUCAAGAUCACCGUGACGGACGUGAACGAUAACGCACCAGUCAUCGUAGAUCCGCAAGAAGAUGUAGUCAGCGUGCGAGAAGAACAGAAUCCACUCACCGAAGUUGUUAGAAUAAGAGCUAUUGAUGCCGACAAGGGCUACAAUUCCUCUAUAACUUACUCGUUGUUAAAAGACUCCGAUGGACUGGAUACGUUCAGCAUCCACCCGAUAACAGGACUGAUCAGGACUAAGGCUGUGCUGGACCAUGAAGAGAAAACCAUUUAUAGAAUAGGGGUUGUGGCUACAGAUGGGGGCAGCCCACCCAAACAAAGCGUCAGAAUGCUCAGGGUGGAGGUACUCGAUCUGAACGAUAACCGACCCACGUUCACCAGCUCCAGUUUGGCAUUUACCGUAAGAGAAGACGCGAAGAUUGGACAAGUGGUGGGUUCGGUAGCUACGACAUCGUUGGAAGACGAAGAGAAUAUCGUGCCGGACAGCACCGGAAGCCACAUAAGUUACACCCUGACCACUUCGUCUAGCGCAUUUGAAAUCGAGAGGAACACCGGGAAAAUCGUGGUGGCGCAAGAGCUUAACAGAGAAGAGCACGCGGAGUACAAACUGGAAAUCAGAGCUUUAGAUGUUAGGGCGAUGAAUAAUCCCCAGAGCAGUGCCAUAAGUGUUAAGAUACAGAUCAGUGAUGCCAAUGAUAAUGCCCCCAAAUGGCCCAAAGAUCCCGUGGUGAUUUCUUUGAAUGAAAACACAGAAUUUGGUACCACCGUGUAUAAUUUCGUAGCGACCGAUCUGGAUAGUGAUGAGAACGGUGACGUGCGUUAUUCCUUGGAGAGUCAGUACCCUAAUGGCACCUUUAGCAUUGACGCACUUACUGGAACACUCACCCUGAUCUCCACGUUGGACUAUGAACGUUUCAAGGAGCACUUGCUAGUGAUCAAGGCGAAUGAUCAAGCCUCGAACGUCUCCGAACGCUUAUCCAGUUAUGUCACAACGAAAGUAAUUGUAAACGACUUCAAUGAUAACACCCCCAAGUUCAUUCUGCCCCAGUCAUCCACAGCGUUUAUCACUGAAGGCACCAGCGUCGGUAUGAAGAUCACCAACAUAUUGGCCAUCGAUGAAGACUCCGGUGAUAAUGGCCGUGUCACAUAUAUUUUAUCCAACAGUAAUGACGCCUCGUAUUUCUCGCUAGGGUAUGACACUGGGGUGCUCACUUUAGCAAAACCGUUGGUGGAAAACCGUAAGAGUUACAUGUUGAAUAUUAGUGCUACAGAUCACGGGAAACCAACCAGGCAGGCCAACUUAAAGUUGAAACUGCUCAUGCAAGAUUCUACGAAUACGUUUCAGAAGUUGUUAGAGCCCGAGCAGAAGGCGAACGUUAUGGAGAACGCUGGAGUGGGCACUUUGGUCACUCAAGUUAACGUAAGGGAAAUGGCCGAUGCUGGUGGCAACAUCUCCUUCUUUAUCCCGCCCGGGGUGGCAGAUGACACGUUCGAGAUCAGUCCAACUUCCGGGAAAGUUUACACCAAGAAACCGUUGGAUCGUGAAACCAUCGAGACCUACAGCAUCCCCGUUUAUGUUACCGAAUAUUCCGCCCUGGACGUGCCCACUUUUGAUAAAACCAUACUGACGAUCGCCGUCAUGGAUAUAAACGAUCAGGCGCCGAGAUUCCAGGCGGCCUCCUGUCGCCCCCUGAGUAUUCCAGAAAACAGCGAAACAUCGAUAUUUCAUACGGUGAUCGCCCACGAUUCAGACAGCGGUCCUAACGGACAAAUCAGUUAUUCCAUUACCAGCGGGAAUAUCAGGAAUAAGUUCGGUAUCGAUUCGAAAACUGGAGAGCUCACCGCCAAACCUCUGGAUAGGGAGAGCAACGUUAAGUUCGUGUUGACCGUGACUGCUCAGGACCACGGUACGCCAUCGAUGCAGGCAUUUUGCAACGUAACGGUAUUCGUCGAGGAUCAGAAUGAUAACGAUCCAAAGUUCGAUUUGUCCAAAUAUUCCACCACCAUGCCGGAAGAUAUUUCCGUUGACACGUCGAUCAUGAAAGUGCACGCUUCGGAUGCUGACUUCGGACUUAAUGCUAAGAUUGUUUAUUUUUUGGCUAACGAGAGCCAGUGGCUGUUCAGGAUCGAUAACAAGACCGGAAUUAUUACUACGGCAGGCCAUUUUGAUCGUGAACGCAAAUCAGAGUACAACUUCAUGGUGGUAGCUACUGACAGUGGAAAGUACAAUGCCCGUUCAACCAAAGUACCCGUGACAGUCUACGUUAAGGAUGUCAACGAUAACAAACCGAUUUUCUCCAGUUAUCCGUUCAACGCGAAAGUGUCCGCCUACAUCCAGCCCGGACAGAACAUCCUUAAGGUAACGGCCAAGGACGUGGACGAAGGAACCAACGGGGAAAUCGUUUAUAAUCUGAUGCACGAGGGUAACUAUGGAAAGUUCCGGAUCAACCCCAACACCGGGGUGCUGUCGGCCACGCAGUCAUUGGCCAGCAGCAACGGCAAAGUGAUUUACUUGAACGUGGUGGCCACGGACAAGGGAAAUCCCCCCAAGAGCUCCACCGGCUUGAUAGAGCUGAUCGUCGGUGACGUUCCGUCCUCGUCCAUUGCUCUUCGCUUCCAGAACGCCACCUAUGACGUCACCGUGCCAGAGAACACCGAGCAGUUCCGGGACGUGGUGCAGGUGACGGCGGUACGAACCGACGGCAGGAAACAGAAGAUCUUUUACAGUUUCGGCACCGGGAACGAGGAGAAUAUUUUCACCGUCGGGGCGGAGAGCGGCGUGAUCCAGGUGAGGGAUCCGAGGAAUCUCGAUUACGAGUUGUUUAGGACCGUGCAACUGGUGGUCGAGGCCAAAACCGAGGGCAGUCCGAACCUGCAUGGAUAUUGUAACGUCGUUAUUAGACUCACCGAUGAGAAUGAUAAUGCGCCCAAGUUUACUCAGCAGCAAUAUACUGCCUCUGUGUGGGAGGGAGAUAGAAAAGGUACAUUUGUUCUUCAGGUGAUAGCCUCUGAUGCAGACGACGGACCAAACUCCAGAAUCCUCUACCACAUCGUCGAUGGAAACCACGAUAACGCCUUCAAAAUCGAACCGGCUUUCAGUGGCAUUGUACGCACCAACACCGUCCUAGACAGGGAGAUCCGGGAUAAUUACAGACUCACCAUAAUAGCUACGGAUGAAGGCAACCCUCAAAUGACCGGCACCACCAGGGUGCGGAUCAACGUCGUAGACGUCAACGAUAACCAGCCGACGUUUCCACCCCCGCGUACCGUAAAAAUUCCGGAAAACACCGAGCCUGGAUCGCUGAUCGCCAGUUUGACCGCCAACGACGUGGACACGUUUCCAGAGUUGACCUACGGUUUUGCCAGCAACGUGGACAAGGAUUUUCUGGAUUACUUCAGUGUCGAUCGCUUCAGCGGCAACGUUUUCCUGAAGAAGCGUCUGGACUUUGAAGUGUGGCAGGAGUGUCGUCUGAAGAUCAUUGCGUCGGAUACCGCGCAUAUCGCCGAAACCGUUUUGACCGUCGAAGUGGUGGACGUUAACGAUAAUCGUCCGGAGUUUUCCAGGAGUUCUUACGAGGCCAAUAUGCCAGUUUCAGAUACGACCUCCUCCGCCUCCCUGAUAGAAAUCCUGACCGUAAACGCAACGGAUGCAGACUCUGGCAAGAAUUCUGAGCUGAUCUUCUCCAUUGUGAACCCAACAGUGGGUUUCUCCGUCGGCAGUGCUGACGGUAUCGUUCGCGUGAACACCUCGAACAUCUCCUUGAUCACCCAAGACGUUUAUCUGACGAUAAAAGCUGAGGAUCGAGGAGAACCUGCGCUCCAUAACCUGGUGGCCCUCCACGUGAAGAACAGCAAGCGAAUGGAAACGAACUACGGGUUCAAGAAGGAAUACAGGAUAAGCGUGGUGGAAAACAUGAAAAUUGGAAGUAGUGUGAUCAACUUGUCCAAGCCGACCAAUCAGGGGUCGAGUUUCGUAAUACUGGAGGGAAACGUGGAGAAACAUUUUGAUAUUUCCAAUCCCUCGGGAGCGUUAAUCCUUGUUAAGCCUCUGGAUCGGGAGUUGCAGGACGAGUAUGACUUGACCGUGUCCAUAGAUGGCGGCUCCUCUUUGGUGACUCAUAUAGUGAUUACUGUAGAAGAUUUCAACGAUAACACUCCGGUGUUUAAUGAUUUAGAAUACACAAGAACCAUUAGUGAAAACUUACCGGUAGGAGCUUCGGUUGAAAAGCUUAUGGCUAGUGAUGGAGAUCUACCAGGAAGCCCCAACUCUGAAAUAGUGUUCGAUAUCACUUCUGGCAACUUGCAAGGGAGCUUCCAUAUUGACUCGCAGAGCGGCAUAGUUUAUGUUAAUAAAACUCUUGAUUAUGAUAAGGGGGAAAGUGAGUUUCACUUGGUGGUGAGGGCGUGCGACAAGGGAGCUGAAGCCCUAUGCUCCUUGGCCCUAUUAACCAUCAAUAUACAAGACGAAAACGAUAACAGUCCAAUAUUUCCUUUUAUGGAGUACAUGGAGUCUGUUGGGGAAAACGAGGCUGUUGGUACAGCCGUGUUUACGGCCCACGCCACUGAUUUAGACAAGAGCGUUUUCGGGCAAGUUAAGUAUUCUUUCGUAGACUCCCGCGGGCUAGAAAACUCUUGGAAGUUAUUCAGUAUCGAUCCUGAGAGCGGCCUAGUCACCACAGCGACUGUAUUCGAUUACGAGCAAAGAAACAGAUACAGUUUCGCCAUCAAGGCUGCCGACACCGGAGGGCAAUCUUCCACCGUAAAAGUCUUCAUAGAAAUCGAAGGCAAGGACGAGUUUUACCCCCAGUUCACCGAGAGAACUUACAAGUUUCCUUUGGCCACCUCGGUUGCCUUGCCCGUAGGGUAUAUAGUCGGGCACGUCUUGGCUACAGACAAAGACAAAGGCCCUGACGGUAGGGUGCUUUAUCAACUGACCACCCAAAACGCUUACUUCAAAAUCAACCGCACCACUGGGGCAGUACUCCUAAAAAGAAAAUUCGAUCAGGACAUAACUGGGAGGGAAAUCAGCCUAGUGGUGACGGCCGGUUCGGGCAAACAAGGCUCCCUCACCAACAUGACUGUCGUGGAAAUCGAACUUGAUCCCCUGGGAGACCCCGGAACCAAUUUGGCCAUCAACCAAGGAACCCUGCCACAACCUCAAGGAGGAAUGUCCGAUUGGGCCUUGGGUUUGGUCAUUUCCAUUGCCCUACUGCUAAUAAUCUUCGGGGCGGUGUUCGUUUAUUUGCACAUGCGCAACAAACGCAACCGUAAAAUGAACAAGCCGAACUUGAGCUCGGAAACCGUGAGCACCUCCAAUAACUACGUGGACCCCAGCGCGUUUGACACCAUACAAAUCAGAGGAGUUCCCCAGAUGCCCCAGGGGCAAAACCAGUUUGCUCCACCCAAGUAUGAUGAGAUUCCUCCUUAUGGAGCAGGAGGAGGAGGAGGGCAUGCGGGUAGCUCCAAUUCUGGAGCGGCCACCACUUCUGAACUCUCAGUGUCCGAGCAGUCCGGUUCCAGUGGACGUGGGUCAGCCGAAGACGGAGAAGACGGUGAAGACGAAGAGAUCAGGAUGAUUAAUGAGGGACAAAGGGGGAACGAUAGUGAUUCUUUGUCGGCAGUGUCGGUGCGGAAUACCCAAGAGUACUUGGCGCGCCUAGGGAUCGUCGAUAACUCGGGGGCACACCCUCAAGUAGUGGGAAGGCUUUGCAACGACCCCAGGGCGGGCAGCAGCAAAGAGAUGCACCAUCACCAAGGGGUGCCGCUGGACAGUUUGCAUAUGUUCGACGAGGAGGCGGCUCAUGACAACGACAUCACCAACUUGAUCUAUGCCAAACUGAACGACGUCACCGGUAGUGACAGGGCGAGUUCCACAGACGACGCUGCCGGAGUAUCGGGACCCACCAUGGACCACGUGAUGGCAAUCAGUUAUGGGGAGGUUCCGAAUGUAUCACACCAACCUUCAAUGAACGGUUCCUUAAGUUCUAUAGUGCAUAGCGAGGAGGAACUGGCCGGCAGUUAUAACUGGGACUAUUUACUAGACUGGGGGCCGCAGUACCAGCCGUUGGCCCACGUUUUCUCUGAGAUAGCGCGACUGAAAGACGAUAACGCCUCAGUGCAUAGCGGAGCCAGUGGCACGUCGAGUGUGAGGAGUAAAAUUUCGGUGGCAGCUGCGAAGAACGUUCCUCCGCCCCAUAUCACCAACGUGGCCCCGAGGGCGAUCGCUUUGCCCAUUCUGAACCCACGGGCGAGUCAGAACCAUCACCAAAUGGGCCAUAAUCAGAUGAUGAUGUUGCCUAGAUCGCCCAUCAACCAUGAUACUUCCGCUGCUAUGUCGCCAAGUUUUUCACCGUCCUUGUCUCCUUUGGCCACUAAGUCGCCGUCUAUUUCGCCAUUGGUAGCUCCGGGAUUGGCCGGGGGACACCACGUGAUGACCCGACAGUCCGGUCAAAAUAGGAAUAAAUCUGUCGUAGAUACCGAGCUUAGGAUAUAAUAUGUGGCCAGGCUGUGCUAUCGUAGAGUACUUUUUAGACUGAAAGACUAUUUUAAUCAAUUUUUUUGUUGUAUAUAAUGUUUGUAAUAUAUAGCGAAUCGUGAAUGCUCAUUAGGUUAAGUUUUUGUCGCCAUUUUUAGCCAUAAGAAGCUAAUUCAUUUUUAUAUUUAUUCUGUCUAAAUUAUUCUUUUUUGUUGUAUAAAGUGUAAAGAGUUUUUAUUGCUCGGAUCGUAUUAGUAGGACGAGAACCAAAAAUUGUCAUUUUAUGAUCGAAAAUUUUGUUUUUUUUUUUUUGUAGUGAACUAGCUUAUUGUAAAAGAACUGUAAAAAUGUACAAAAGUAGGAUUUUAAUAAAAAAUGCAAAUUA